AUGAUAAUUUGUAACAAUAAUGUUAAUCACUUUUGGAAAAAUAUAAAAAAGAAUAUAAGAUUAGAUGGGCGUACUUUUGAAGAUUCUAGAAAUGUUUGUAUAAAUUUUUUAAAGGAUUAUGGUCAUGUAGAGAUAACAAUUGGUUAUACAAAAGUUAUAUGUAAAAUAACAAGUGAAAUUGUAAAACCACAUGAUAGGAAAUUAAAAGAAGGGAUGUUAAAAAUAAAUUUAGAUAUAGAUAAUUCUAUUGAUGAAAAUGAGAAUAAUGAUAAUAUGAGUGAUGAAUGUUUAGAAAUAAAAAAUAUUAUAGAUAGAGUAUUAAAAACUAGUAAUAUAAUAAAUUUUGAAUCUUUAUGUAUUAUUCCAGGUAAAAAAGUAUGGUGUAUAUAUAUAAAUAUUAUGGUUAUAGAAAAUGAUGGGAAUUUAACAGAUGCUUGUUAUUUAUCAGCUUAUUGUGGUUUAGUCCAUUUUAAGAAUCAUCAAGUUAAAGUAAUAAAAAAUGGAAAUAUAAUAAUAGAUAAAGAAGACAUAAAUUAUUCUCCUUUAUCAAUAUUAAAUUCUCCAAUUGUUACUACCUUUGCUUUUUAUGAAGAAGAAGAUGUUUGUUUAAUCGAUCCUUGUUUAUAUGAAGAAGAAUUUAUGUCUUCUAAAAUAUCUAUUGCAUUAAAUAAAAAUGGUAAUUUAAUAAGUUUAUUAAAACCAGGGGGAAUACCUUUAGCUUGUUCACAUAUUAUGGAAUCUAUUGAAAUAGCCAAAAAAAGAAUACUUACAAUUUUGAAAAUAUUAGAAGAUACUUUAGAAGAGGACAAAAAUAUAAGGAAUUAUCUAAAUAAAAGAAAUCUACAUGUUAAAUACUCAUCCCUUCCUGUAACCAUUAAAUAUGAUAAUUCUUUUAAACUUAAACCAGAUAUCUCAUUAGAAAGAUAUACAAAAAAUUCCCAAAUUUUUGAAGAUACUAUAAAAAAAAUUGAAGAAUACAUAAAAUAUAAUCAAGUACAGGAAUGUCUAAAUAAUAUGAAUGUAAAACUUCAAGAAAAUAAUGAAGAUGCAAUAGAUAUAUACACCUUAAAUAGAGAAGGUAAUCUAAAUGAGUAUCAUAAUUUUAAUGAACAAGAUAAUAAAAGAUAUACUAAUGAAAAUAUAAAUAUAAAUAAACACAAUAUAAAUAAUCAGAAUUCUAUUGAUCCUAUGAAAAAUACUAAUUUAUUAAAUCCUAAAGAUAUAGCAAUAAUAAAAAGACAAGAAUUUUUGGAUAACCAUUAUGAUGCAAAUAAUAAUAAUAAUAAUAAUAAUAAUAAGUAUAACAAACAAGCAAAUAAAACAUUCAAAAAAGAACUUAUCGAUUUCUCAAAUUCAUUUACAAAAGGUCAUAAUAAAAGUAAUAAUUUCUCUGAUAAUCAAAACGAUAUUUGUGAACAGCAUGAUAACUCACAAGAGUCAAGUGAUGAUGUCUCAACCAUAAGAAGUGACGAAUCAUCAGAUAUUGAUUUUUCCGUUGCCAUUAAUCAAAAUUUAAAAAAGAAAAAAUAA